AUGCCACCUUUGAUAAAUCAUCUUCUAGAGGAUCUGGAAAACGAUGGUUCUACUGUAAAAGACUCUGUUAUUAAUCACGAAAAUAAUAACGAUGAAACAAGUAGAAUGAUUAAUACAGACAAUACAAACAUUAAUCAAGAAUCAAUAGUUAUCUUUAGUUCAGAUAAAUUUAGUUCGAGAUCAAAAAUAGUAGGAUCGAUAAAUAUACGUUGGGCAUAUUUAUUCUUAUUCGUUCUAUUGACAAUCAUUGGAUUUGGAAUAUUGAUAUUUUUCGUUAUUAAAAAUUUCAUUUAUAUUAAUCAUCUGGAAACAUUUAAUAAUCAAUAUAUUGAAACAAUCACACAAUUAAACAAUCGAAUAAUACAACUUGAAACAAAAGAAAAUUUUCCUACUCCAACUAAUUUAAAUCAAUCAAAACAAUAUGGAAUAAAAAUAAAAUGGAAACCAAAUGCAGUUACUAUUAGCGCAGUAAAUGGAUUAAAUCGAUUACAUAGUCCUCUUGGCAUCUAUAUUGAUGAUGAUAGUCGAUCAAUUUAUGUUGCAAGUUGGGGACGUCAUUGUAUUGUUGGUUGGAAAUUUAAUGAAACAAUUGGAGAAAUUGUUGCAGGAUCGAAGGAGUCGGGGAAUGGAAUAAAUCAACUCCAUUAUCCAACAGAUUUGAUUGUUGAUAAAGAGACGAAUUCUCUCAUCAUUUGUGAUGAAGGAAAUCGACGAAUCGUACAAUGGUUUCGUCAAAAUCGGACAAAUCCACAAAUAAUCAUUCCUCACAUUUACUGUGCUCGACUCAUAAUCGAUCGUAAUGGAGACUUUUAUGUUUCUGAUUGGUUCAACAAUAAAAUAAUACGAUGGAAUAUGGUAAAUAAGGAAGGAACGAUUGUUGCAGGUGGAAAUGGAAAUGGAAAUCAAUCAAAUCAACUCAGUAGUCCAAGGGGCGUUUUUGUUGAUCAAGAUUUUUCAGUUUAUGUAGCAGAUCUAGAAAAUCAUCGUAUAAUGAAGUGGACGAAAAAUGCCAAAGAAGGGAUCGUUGUUGCUGGUGGUAAUGGUGAAGGAAACAAUUUAACACAAUUACGUUUUCCUGAAGGAGUGAUUGUUGAUCAUUUCGGUAAUGUUUAUGUUGCUGACACGAAGAAUAAACGAAUAAUGCGUUGGAAUGCAGAAUCUCAAGAAGGUAGUAUCAUUCUUAGUGGAGAUUCAAUCGGACAACAAUCAAAUUCGUUCGAGGCUCCUGGAGAUAUAUCGUUUGAUGGCGAAGGUAAUUUGUAUGUGGUCGAUUAUAGUAAUAGACGAAUACAAAAUCGUUCUUCCAUCAUGCAACAAUGGUUCUAUGGAAAUCCGACAGUAGGAAUUUCGCCAACAGAAUUCGGACAGUGUCCAAAUUUUACCGGAGGUUCGACAAAAUUGUCGAAUUUACAUUGUUGUCCAAAUUCCUAUGGAAUUGCGACAGAGCUUUUUUCAAGAAGAACCGUAGUCUUCUCCCGCAUCUUCCCGCCGUUUCCGAACACGGAUUCCAACGGAACCGACCGGAAAAUGAUACGGAAAAUGGAAGCAGUAUUCCUACCGGAAACCACCCGUACCGGAACCGAACAAAACCUUAAAGAUCCGGCCGCCGUAAAAAAACGGUAUGGUCCAGUAUCCCACAAGAAAAUACUCGAAAACAUGCCGGAACCCGUCGGCAACGAAUCGGCUUGA